AUGGAAGUUCUGAUGGGACACGUCGAUUUGUCUUCGAUCUAUUGUGUCAAGAGCGAUGCCACUUGCGAACGUUCGUUAAUCGUCGGCGAGUCGGCUGCCGGACGCGGAGUGGAAUCGCAUGGCGUCCUGCGUGAUUUGGUCGAGGAAAUUAUUGCACCUAUGCUUACGAAGAAGUACAACGUCUCCGGUCUGGCAGCUAAUUGGUCGUUUAGAUAUCCAUCCUGCGACUUUAGAACCGCGGCUGACAGUUUGUACUCCAACCGCGGCUCCAUGUACGUGGGGCUGGCGACUCCUACUCCGUACAUGAGCAAGUACUUCAAGGCAAGCUGCCCUGUCAUGAUGUAUGGCAUGAUGAGCCUCAUCAGUGGUUAUUUAAGAGGCCCACGCGAAGGAGGAGUUGCAUCCUGGAACAAACCUGACAUUACCAUCGGCACCGUUGCCUUUUUGCCGUAUGGAAAGCUUGUCGCUGAUCAUCUUCCCAAAGCAAGACUCCGUGUGUAUACCACAACUGCGUAUCUGAUGGCAGCGGUAUACAGCCGAGACGUGCACGGCUUUUUGUUGCCCUCGGACGCAGCCCGGGGUCUGCUGGCGUCAGGCGAGUUUUGCGCCGAUUUGGAGGGAGGAUGCAAAAUCAUUGGAAAUAUUGUACCUAUUCCAAUGUUGACUUUUACACGUGUCAUGCUGAAAUUCUAG